ACGUAUGCAAACCGCCCUGGGUCAGUUGUACCGACACCGUAGCCCUCUACCCACUCUUUGCUAGAGACGUGUACAUGUUCUUUCAACGUGUAUUAAUGCUAAUACAUUAGCAAGUUAACAUUAGGCAACAGUCAGGCCCUAACAGACAUGUCGGAAAUUGUGUCUGUAGUGUCAGGUGAGGCAGAAGAGUCAGAUACAGAUGAGGACAUUAGUUCCAACAACAGUGGAGAUGAAGGCACAACCAACGACAGCAACACAGCUACAGCAGGUGGGGUGACUGACGCCGGACUGCGCCCAUCGAAGUCACCGCGGCCACGACCGCUGCGCAGUCUGAGCUCUCAGCCUGGAGUUAUAGUGCAGGGAGAAGCUUCGGAGACGGACAGUGAUGAAGAUACCAAACCAAAGAGAUCUGUGUCUGAUUUAGUCAAACACGAUAGCUUACCGCCUUUGAAAGUUGAUUUUCCAUCCAGAAAAGAAGGUUCCCAACAGUUCCUUAAAAAGACAGACCCACAGAGCAAGUUGUCUCUGCCAAAGGAACCAGUAGCUCUCAAAUAUGACACCUUACUGCACCGUAAACUGCGCGAGCGGAAUGCUAGUCUGCAAAGUGUUGUGUAUGGAGCUGUGGCUGGGGUGUUCCAUUCAUCAGCUAAGGAAUUGGCCGAGGCUAACCAGAUGCUUGGCAAAUCACAAACUGUGAUUCAGGAUGUGUGUCAUAACCUUAGAGUGUUUACUGCAGACUUGAAGCAGAUUGAAGUGAAACUGGACACAGUCAACUCAUGCUCAAACAUUCCAAACAUCUGCACCGAGGUGAAACGUGGAACAUUGGUGGCUUGAUUUCCAGGACUCCCAAGGGAAUGAAUCAAGUAUAAAAAUGAGCCACAUCCGAAACAAAGUUUGUCAUUUUUAGAAUUCAAAGACAUCUCAGAAUUUUCCUUUGAAGAGAAUGUGAUUUGCACUACGUGUACAUGUAAAUGUGUAAAUAAUGAUUUAGAUGUAUGUGUACACUGUAUGUUCUCCAGUUAAAAGCAAAGUCUUACACAAAGUAACUUCCCUCAAAUGAGAAUGUUCAUACCCAGUUCUACAUUAGUCCACUUUUAGGGUCCAUUUUACAAAUCGUUUUUACUAGCAAAGAAAGAGUUCAGGGUACUCUUUCUUUUGAACCUCCAUUCUCACCUAAAGACUAUAAUGUGAACAGAAAAAUAUUACAAUUCUCUGCUUCGUUUUUUUUGUUUCAAUCUUGAGUAUUUUUAAUUACACACAUGUUGCCGUAACCCCCCCCGUGUUUGUGUCUAUCAGCCCAAUGCCUACCCAGCUGUGCACAUCUGAAAGCAACCCCAUUGAUGAUCACAAACUGGGAUAGCUUUAACAACCAGCACUGAGAAUGAAGCACUAGGAAUUGAUAUCAAAGUCGUUGUAUUAGGCACAAGUGUAUUUGGAUCCUUUGAAACAUGGAAACAUUCUUUUGUUACAGUAUAGCUUUUGUAGAAUGGAUUACCCUGAAAAGUGACCAUGUUAAUUGCAAUACAGAAUUGGCUUUCUAGAUAACCAUUCCCAGUGUAUGGUAGCCUACUUUUCCUAUCGCCCUCUCCCUGUCUUUAAUACUCCUCACCCUCUUAUUGAGCACUUUACAUAACAAUGUUAACCAAGAUAUAUUUGUUUUGGACCACCGUGGAGGAUGAUUUUUACAAAAGGCACAGGUUGGCUCCAAGAACACUAACGAUGCACAUGUAGUUUAUACUACUAAUGAUGGAAGGGGGCCAUACUAAGAAAGACGAUCUCGGGCACACAGGAAACAUUACGAUUUGAAGAUCUUUUACCAGAGCACUAAAAGUUCCACUUAAAUUUAUGGGAUUUUCUAAAGGAAAACACUGAACAAAGUAAAAAAAAACAGAGAAAAUGAUCAUCAAAGUCGCACCCCUGUACAUUUUCAAUGGCCCGCUCACACGUCUUUUCGCCAAAGGCCAUUUGUGCGCAUGCGUGUAUUCCAUUGACCUGGUUCUCCAAAUAAAAAUAUUUGGUCCACCUGGUACUACGGGCAGUAUACGUCCGUAAAGUAUUCGGGCGCACGGAGGGAGGUAUUGACAGUGCGUGCGUCUUGCAUUCAGGAAAUGUGUACAUAGAGAAAUAAAUUUGCCUGAAAUAAAUGAGCACGAAAUUAGUGCCCUUUUUAUACAGGCCCAGACUUGCUUUUGAAAAUAGAUAUAAGACAUUACUGUUGCCCACAUAACCAUACGGAUUUUACCAGUACUUGCGCCCGCCGCGUUGGUCUUGUAUUCAAAGAACCAGAACCAUCAGCGUAGCAAGGUUAUGCAUUGCUGGCGUUGCCAUGGUGUCAGUGCAAACUCCUAAUAGACGAAUAUUAGCCAUGUUUGGUUCGAUAUGUGGUUCUUCAUUCAGAACAUCUUCAGGAAUAAGAUCAUACAGUAACAACCAUAUAGCAGGAGUCAGGCCCGUAACCAAGGGGGAGGGUGCAGGGAUGCGCCGCUCCCCCCCCCCAGCACUGAUAGGUCCGCUUUUGAGGCAAGAAAUGAUUUUGAGCUGUUGUAUAACAUUUUGGGAAAAAUGCCGCGCGCUUCCGUUUUUUUCGCCUCGGUCAAUCCCCUCUCCGGGAGUUUACUUAUUCCCCCCCCAAAAAAAAUCCCUAUGCUUGGUCCGCAUUUUUGAGGAUUCGCACACUCCCCCCCC